UUCUUUUUUUUUAAUAUAAUGAUGGGAGCCGGUCUGCUGGAAGCCGUGUGGAUGGAGAGGGUUUUUUAUUGAUAAGAAGGAGAAAAUUCACUGCAGGUUUUGUGGGUGUUUUUUUGUGUUUGCAGUGGGAUGGGACUCAGUCACUUCCUGUGUGUGCUGCUCUGUGCAGCAGCCCUGACAGUUUUUGCUAAAGAUGAGAACCAUGCGGCGUACAGGUGGACCAGGCAGAGUCUUCCUGUGCUGCUGGACGCACACACAGAGCCUUUAAACACGCCGCUGUUCGGAGGGCAGGCGGAGGAUGAGGAGAGAGGAGGGGCGAAGACACUCUGUGGUAUAGAGUGUCAAAGCAGCCUACCGCCUAUGGACCACACUGAGCAAGAGAGGAUUCUGGGAUAUGAGACAAUGUUUGAGAACGGCACUCGCACACACACAGAUAUCAGUUUGCAGGGUUUAAACAAGUCUUCUGGAGGAGCGGCAGCCCACUCACCAGCUCGCACUCGCAGGAAGCGACAAGUUUAUGGAGCAGAUGGACGCUUUGUGAUCUCUGACUCGCAUUUCAUCACCAACUAUCCUUUCUCUACCGCUGUUCGUCUCUCCACAGGCUGCUCUGGAGUCUUAAUUUCCCCGAAACACGUGCUAACAGCGGCACACUGCAUCCAUGAUGGGAGGGACUAUCUAGAGGGUGCCAGAAGGCUUAGAGUCGGAGUGUUGCAGCUCAGGACUAAGAGAAGAGGAGGGGGCCGGAGGAGAGGAGGGCAGCGGAGGGGUGGGAGGAGAGGAGAGGGUGAGGAGCAGGAAGUGGAGGAAGGUGAGGAGCAGAAUAGUAUAGAUGGGGAUGAAAUGAGAAGGGGAAAGGGAGGUAAAGGCAGGAGGCGCAGGGGAAGAAGAGAGGGUGAGCAGGGCGUAGCUGAUCAUGGGAAGAUGGGUGAGUUGGAGAAAGGGAGACAAAGAGGCCGUAUACGACGCAGUGCUGAACCAAAUAAGCAGCCUGUCUUCCGUUGGACACGAGUCAAACAAACCAGAAUCCCUCAAGGAUGGAUCCAAGCCAAGAGCUCCACCAACUCACUGUCCCCUGACUACGAUUACGCCGUUCUGGAGCUGAGACGACCCCUUAAACAAAAGCACAUGGAGCUGGGAGUGGCACCCUCUGCCUCGCCCCUGGCACGGAUCCACUUCUCAGGCUAUGACGCUGACAAAAGCCUGCUGGACGGGCGUGGAAAUGCAAAGGUGGUUUACCGGUUUUGUUCAGUGGCAAACGAGUCGGGCGAUUUGAUGUACCAGCACUGUGAUGCCCAGCCGGGCGCCACCGGUGCAGGCAUUUACGUUCGACUGAGACAGGGAGAGGAGGGCAGGAAAGGGAAGUGGCAGCGGAGGGUGAUCGGGGUGUUUUCAGGCCAUCAGUGGGUGGAGGUGGAGGGAGGGGAGCAGAGGGACUUUAAUGUUGCAGUGAGGAUUACACCACCCAAAUAUGCCCAGAUCUGUCACUGGAUCCAUGGAGAUCCAAGUCUCUGUAAAGAGAUUUGACUGCAAAGUGAUGGAUCUAGAAAACAUAUGUUUCACAGAGACUCACGUCUUAAGGAUGGUCCUAAGCUUUGACUUAUGAGUUGAUUUUUUGUAGUAAAAAGUAGGACUUAGAAGCUUUGUACAAAGACGCUAAAGUUUAGCAAAGUAUAAGUAUAAAACCUGAGCACAGACUGCAGUUUCGUCAGUUAAGGAUUACAAUUAUGUCAAUGCACUUCCUCUAGCACUUAAACAGCCAAUACCACACCUCCAGAGGUUAUGUGUCACAGCUUCAUGCACACAGUCUUUGGUAUUUUUCAACCUGGAACCCAUGUUUUUUUUUCUUCAAUUUUUGAAAGUGAUACAGUAUUGAGGGACAAUUGCGCAUUGUCAUUGUAUGUCUCCUAACAGUGCUUUCCCCUCUGAAGGGCUUAGAUUGUUAUUUCAAGUCUAAAGUUUUUCUUUACCUUUUACUUGAUUCAGGCUGUUUGUUAUUGUGUCUGACCAAGUCUCAAUCAAGGAAAAGUCUCAUUCUGAAAUCUCGUGAGAGGUGACUUGUUGCCAGAAGAGUAAAUGGGAGUUGGAGAGAUAUGUUUGGGAAGGAGUUGUGUUUGAGAACAGAAAGCAUAGCUGUUACGUCAAAAGAUUUUCAAGACUAUGGCUGAAUAUUUGGAUGAUUUUGAGAUGUGGAAGAGAGAUAUUUUCAUAAGAUACUUGGUUAGACACAAUAUCAGACCAGAUGACGGAAAAGGUAAAGAAAAAUAUUUUAUUCCUCUGUAUGUUCCUUUCCAUAACAUCAUAACAAUCAUGUCAUGACCUUUUUCAUGUUGUAUAAGAGUGUGGCUAUUAGGACAGACAGUUGUAUCUUUUAUUAAUUUAUCGUCAUACAUUUCUUAUGGAAAGUGUAUAGCCACUGUCUCUGCUGGUCACUUCUGCAUAAUGUAGCAGACCUCUGGAGUAAUAACUGAGACACUUAAUAAUGUUAUUCAUAAGCCUUAUUCUUAUGUACUGUAAGAAUAAGAGCAAAUUUUGACACAUUUAAGAUGAAAAUUUCACUCUGAGCAGCUUUAUAAUACUGAUCUAAGACCAGCUCAGCUCUUCAGUGACAGGUUGUCACACAAAUCUAUAAUCCAAGAAUGUGGCCCGUUGCUCCUGGUUCUGGAUUUGUGGCCUUUUCUGCAUAUUAUCAGUCCAUUUAGAGGCUGUAGGAAAUUACGUCAAUGAGUCAAAAAUGGCUAAAAACAUCACAAGGUAUUUGACUUUGACAUUAGAGUUUCAUUGUCACUUUUUCUAAACACCACAUUUGUUUGUUUGUCUCUGAAACACCAACAUAUAUCACUCACAAAAUCUAAUUAUAUAAAGGAAAAGACAAAAGCCCUAUUUUUUCUCCUAUGUUUUUACAAUGUAAACAUGAUGCUUUGUUUACUUUUGUAUUGAAGCAUAAAUACGUAAAACCAGUUGGUCCACCAAUAUAUAAAUGUAUCAUCUGACGUUUAAAAUGUCUUGUGUUGUAAUAUUGUCUGUUAAAGAAGUUAAUGUUCAUGCAACAAACACAUUUUCUUGUAAAAAAAAAAAAAAAUCAUGCUGGCAACAAAUAAAAAUGCUGACGGAAGCAGGACAGAGAUAAGUGACGAGCCGUGAGGGUCGUUUGGAUCAGUGUAUUUGUCUUUUAUUGCAUCUCAUUUGGACUCACAUGCAGGUGGGGGUGAGGGAGAAAGAACGAUGCCAUCCAUAAUAACCCAAAAAAGAAAAACAACACAGCCUUCAUUUGAAUACUUAGCAAACAGUAUUUAUCCACAUUCUUUUUGUUUUUUUAUGUGUCAUAGUCAUCUUUAUUUUGCUUUCAACACUUUGUUAAUGCCACAAUGGAUUAAGAUACAGUCACUUUUGGAAAUAAACAACACACA